AUGGAGGUGCCAAAAGCCCGGGGAGCAGGCAGAUCAGGCCCACGCCGACGAACAGGCUGUCUGACCUGCCGGGCCCGCAAAGUCCGCUGCGACGAAGCAAAGCCACAUUGCUCCAACUGCGACCGACUUCGCCUGCGAUGCGUGUACAAAGGCCCUAGCACAGACGCACCGGCAGAGUGGGGAUCACCGCGCGAUGCGUCAAGUCACACACAGCUUGCAACGGCCACGGUCGCUCGUUCCCCCGACCUCAACUUCUUCAACACCGUACUCCGCUCCGAUGACGGUUCUAUCCCCGCCCCGGCGCUGCGACAGCUACCGGGAGUGUACUCGGAAUUCGACAUGCUGGGGUUUAUGGGUGGGAUUACCUCGGAGUUGGAGCAAAAACACUUGGAUUUGACGACUGGUCUGGCGGCGACGUUCACCGCCAGCCCGGCGUCGCAGUCGCUGCCUGCGGGGAUCGUGCUAGAAGAAACGAGCUUCGAGAGACGUACGCCGCUUAGUCCAGACGCGCCCUCUUCGCUCAUGGAUGGCUCCAUUGGGAGCUCGGACCUGGCAACUACACGGGGCAGCUGGUCUGAUCCCGGCACUUCGUAUGAAGACCAGCUGCUACAAUACUUUAUGAGUGUGGGCGCACCGGCGGCACUCUUUGCCCCAGUGAGUAUGGAAUGGGAGUAUGUGCGGCCGGCGUUGCUGGCUCAUGCCCGGGAUUUCAGUCCCCUGCAAAAUGCCCUGUACUGCUAUGCAGAUGUGCAUAAAGCGAUGGGAGAAGGCAAGCGAUGGCGCUGGGCGCCUACUUAUUAUAGGGUCUCGGGGGCAGAGAUCCAAGCUUGUCUUCAGGGUGAAGUGACCGAGUCCACGUUGGUCAAGGUCUUCGGGGCCGUCUUUCUUUUAAUGAUAUCCGAGCUCCUCUCAUCCCCUGAAAUAUGCGCCGGAGCAUCGUAUCUUCAUUCUGGAUAUCUCAUUCUCCAAAGAUUUCACAGCCGGGCCCGACACUGGACAGGCCUCGGUCACCUCCUAGUAUCAUGGGUUUCCCUUCUAGACGUCAAGUCCCUAAUUGCUGGCCGAGAAGGAGACCCUCUCAUUGACCUGGGCAUCAUCCCAGAACACGGAGUAACACUCCAACCCCAUGAGGCAGCCCAAAAACCACAGACAGCCGAAGUCGACUGCAAACAAGAAGACAUCACCGAAGACCCCUUCCGCACCCCCAGCUACCUAGUAUACGACGCAAUAGUCGGCCCAGCCUUCCGCUUCUUCGUCCAAGCCCAACAAGUCGUCCGCCGCAUCGUCAGCAUAGACCUCCACCACCGCAGCCGCGGCACUCUAAGCGACGAAUUCGAAGUCCUCCAAAUCGCCCACAAAGUAGGCGCAGACCUCGAAACCCUCUGGCACCGCCGUCCUGCCGUAAUAGACGUCUACAACCGCCCAGAUUCCCUAUCAAAUACCCUGUGUGGACCCGUCGCCCUCGAAAUCUGCCGUACCUUCCGCCAAUACGUCGCCACCUUCCUCGCAAACUUCAUCUACCUGCACCGCGUGGCAUUCGCCAUCUACCCCCGUACAGACCGUGUCAACGGCGCAGUCGACCAGAUCAUCCAGCUGGCGACGGUUGAGUCGGCCAAUCCCGCCCAUUUACCUAUUAGCUUCUUAUGGCCGAUGUUCGUGGCAGGUCUGGAAGGGACGGAGGUGCAGCGCCGAUGGAUCGUCUCGGAGAUGCAGCGUAUGGCGGCUGUGCAUGAGGCGGAUUCGGACCCUGGCUCGAGACUUGCUCGUCAUCCGUCUGCGGAUAGGGUGUUGGUGCUUUUGGAGGAGAUGACGAGGCGACAGGAUGCUUCGCGCACUUGGGCUGACUCGAAAUGCGUGAGAAGGGAGUUGUUUUCGGAUUUCUUUGUCGUGAUUUGA